AUUCUUAUUCUCCUCCUCUCCAAUUCCCCGAUCGGCCUUUCCUGCUCCGAGUCUCGUCCACUUGCCGGUUUCCUAAGGCUCCUCUUCUUCUCCCAGCUGCAGUGGCAUCGCGAUAGGGAAUCAUUUCGGCGUCCUGAUUCGGAAUUGUGGCAUCGGCGGCAGGGGAUUGUUUACUGAAUCUGAUGGGUGUUGGUUGAUCUGCUUCGAAUCUCCGUGCCGCGUGUGUCUCUUUGUGUUUGGGAAUGGAAUGUGGCUGUAGUGCAUGUUGAUGACUCCUUGGGUCCUGAUUGAGAACUCCUUUAUACCUUAUAAAUCAUCACUUUGUUUGGACUGUGUUUGUGAGCUGAACGCAUGCCCACAUAGGUUUACUUGAAAAAGGAGCUAUGCAGGAAUCUACUGAUCACAAUCCAGGUGUAACCACACCGAGAGGCACACUGCAGCAAUCUCUUCGCCGCUUGAGUAGCAAGAAGUCCCCAACAGCAAAAGGGCAGCAUUCAUCUCCAACUGUGUUUCCUGAAAAAAGAGGCAAGGUAAAAUCACUGAAGAAGACUGAUGCCAGUACUGCUAUUGAAGAUUCUGGGAAAGCAAAGCCUCGUGAACACAGGAUUGAUAUUGGGGAUGAAAAAUCUGAUUUGUUAGGAUAUGUAGUUUUUAGCGGGAAGCUUACUCUGGAAAAGAAAGCUAAAGGUUCAAGUGCUGAUGAGCAAAAGGGGUCCGAAAAUUUAAUCUCUAAUAUAUUUGAAGCAAGACUUUCAAGUAAAGCCCUGAUAUGGGGUUCUAAUACUCUUAGCAUCAAUGAGAUCAUUUCUGUAUCUUACCAUGCUGGUGUAAGAUAUUUCACUAUCCACGCAUAUCCUAUGAAAAGGAGAUCAUGCGGACUUUCUUGCUUCUUGAAGCCACAAAGAGUUCAACAAGAUUUCCGCUUCUUAGCUUCUAGCUCACAAGAAACCUUACAAUGGGUACAAGCUUUUGCAGACCAGCAAUGUUCAAUUAAUAGUUUACCUCAUCCCAUGAUUUCUAAGAAGCAGGAACCUGACAUUGUUGCUGAUGAGCCUCUGUUUAAUCUACCAUAUAUAAGAUGUAAAAGUCCACCGAGCAUUCUUGUGAUACUGAAUCCUCGUUCUGGGCAUGGCCGAUCAAGUAAAGUUUUUCAUUCAAAAGUUGAACCAAUUUUUAAGCUUGCAGGCUUCAAGAUGGAAGUAGUUAAGACCACUUAUGCUGGUCAUGCAAGAAACCUUGCUUCCACAGUUGACUUCAGUACAUGUCCAGAUGGAAUUGUUUGCGUUGGUGGUGAUGGAAUUGUUAAUGAGGUGCUCAAUGGGCUUCUAACUAGAGAAAACAAACAGGAAGCAAUUUCCAUGCCAAUAGGUGUGAUUCCUGCUGGUUCUGAUAAUUCACUUGUUUGGACAGUUUUGGGAGUGAGAGAUCCCAUCUCAGCUGCAAUGGCCAUUGUCAAGGGUGGACUCACUGCGACUGAUGUCCUUACUGUCAAAUGGAUCCAGAAUGGCAUAACUCAUUUUGGAACAACUGUUUCAUACUUUGGCUUCCUGAGUGAUGUCCUGGAACUCUCUGAGAAGUACCAGAAACGCUUUGGUCCCUUGCGCUAUUUUGUGGCUGGAUUUCUUAAAAUUCUUUGCUUGCCAGAGUACAGCUUUGAUGUGGAAUAUCUCCCAAAUACUAAGGCAGCAAGUGCUGAAGAAAAAAUUUCAGCGGAACAACAUAAAGUCAACAUGUCAGACCUAUAUAUGGAUUUGCAGAGGUCAAGAAAAGAAGGCCUUACCAGAGCUUCGAGUUUAUCGAGCAUUGACUCGAUUAGGACUCCAGGAGGUGAUCCGGAAACAACUGGUAGCACAAUUGCAAGCAGUGAGCCAUCGGAGUUUGUUCGAGCACUUGAUCCUAAAUCAAAGCGUUUAUCCUUGGGAAGAAAUUCAAUGGCUGAGCCAGAUGAAGUCCUUCAUCCGCAGCAUCACCUGUCCCCGAAUCCAAACUGGCCGAGGACCAGAUCAAAAUCAAGAACUGAUAGAACAUGGCUGGGUCUGACUGUCACAACCGAUGCCAAAAGCUCUUGGACAGCUACCUCAUUGUAUGACAAAGAAGACAUUUCCUCGACCGUGUCUGAUCCAGGACCAAUCUGGGACUCAGAACCAAAGUGGGACUCCGAGCCAAAAUGGGACACUGAGCCGAACUGGGAAAGUGAGAAACCGAUUGAGCUGCCAGGGCCACCACCCGAUGACAUUGAAUUGGGGAUGAUGAAAGAGGAGCUAGUUCCAAGCUUAGAAGAGAAGUGGGUCGUUAAAAAGGGCCGGUUUCUUGCUGUUCUUGUAUGCAAUCAUUCUUGCAAGACUGUUCAGAGUCUGAGCUCGCAGGUCAUUGCUCCAAAAGCAGAGCACGACGAUAAGUGUUUGGAUUUGCUACUGAUCAAUGGAAGUGGAAGGCUGAAGUUGAUGAGAUUCUUUAUGUAUCUUCAGUUCGGUCGACAUCUUUCUCUCCCUUAUGUUGACUAUGUUAAGGUUAAGUCUGUGAAGAUCAAGCCUGCCUCAAACACGAACAAUGGGUGUGGUAUUGACGGGGAGCUCCUUCAUGUAGAUGGGCAAGCCUUGUGUUCUUUGCACCCGGAGCAGUGCAGACUGAUCGGUCGCCAUGCCAAGGACCAAACCUAAAGCAUGCCAAUCAAUAUCUCCCAAGUCUUCAACCUCUACUAGAACGAGAUGUACUCGCACAUUGAUCCUGGUGUACGGCUCUCUUGUAUAUUUUCAAGUGCCUUUUUUUUUACAAUAUGGUGAAUGAAUCUGUCGUCUUAUGUUUCUAGUUAGAUUGUCGCCUUAUUUGAACAUCGAUGUUUUUUUUGCUUUUUUACAAUCCUAUACUUCUUGGGAUCUAUAUAGGACAACAAAGUAUAGCACUGUAUGUAUUUUUAAAUCUACAUGAGGUGUCAGUUAUUUAGAGGA